GUUAGCAGUUUGGGCUGUGAACCAAACAACACACCGGCGUGCAGAGAGAAAGCGAUGAUGUUUUGUUGUCUCAGUAUCCUGCCAGUCCCACUGCAGGUAGUACGUUCACUAAAAUGGAUCUGCAUGGGAAUGUGCCUUCACCAGGACAUUACAGAGGAGGAUAAAAAGGCAAAAGUCCGAAGCUCUAAAAUAGAACAAGACCUCUGUGAACAUGCCAGAACUGAGAUGAAUGUGGUAAAAAUCCUUAUGCUUGGAGCUGCAGAGAGUGGAAAAAGUACUCUGAUCAAACAGAUCAAGAUAAUUCACAGUCAUGGCUUCUCUAAGCAGGAGCUCAUCAGCUUUAAGCCUGCAGUACUAGACAACCUCCUGACCUCUAUGAAGUUUGUUCUUCGAGGAAUGGGGAUGCUGAGGAUAAACCUUGCCAAUAAGAAGAACAAGAUGCACGCUCGCUCCAUCCUGUCCUGCAGCCAGUGUUUGGGAGACGACCAGGAGCUGCUUCCUUUUGUGGCUCAGUCUUUCUGUGCGCUUUGGGCCGACCAAGGGGUGCGAGCAGCUGCAGCCAGAGGUUACGAGUUUGAGCUGAAUGACUCUGCACUCUAUUUCUUUGAGAACAUGACUCGAAUCAUCGCUCCCAACUAUGUUCCCACUGAGACAGAUGUUCUGAGAGUGAGAGUGAGGACCUGUGGAAUCAUUGAGACGCAGUUUCAAGUUAAUGAAACAAUCUUUCGGUUGUAUGAUGUCGGGGGCCAGCGCAGUGAGAGGAGGAAGUGGCUCAGUUGCUUUGACAGUAUUCAGGUUGUACUGUUUGUGGUGGCCCUCAGCAGCUAUGAUAUGACACUGAUGGAGGAUCCCUCAAUGAAUCGGAUCCAGGAAAGUCUAAAACUUUUUACAUCAAUCUGCACCAACACAGUCUUUAACAGCACCUCACUGAUCCUGUUCAUGAACAAAACUGACCUUUUUCGGGAGAAGAUCCUUCAUUCUGGAAGACAUUUGAGAUUUUACCUAUCUAGUUAUACAGGAGCAGAUGGUGAUGUGGAUGCUGCAGCCCACCACAUCACGGCCAUGUUUUCAGCAUGUAACAGCAGUCCUGGCAAACUCGUGUACCACCACUUCACCACGGCCACAGAUACCACCAACAUACAGGUGGUCUUCCACAUGGUCAUAGAUCAGAUUAUCAAGCAGAACCUAGCAGCUGUCCAGCUCCUGUAA